AUGGCUAUGGUGUCCGCGACAGAUGAGGCUACCCUCUCUCCUUUGGUGCGUUCGUGCAAAAGGAAGGUGGCUCGAACCCUUGCUAAUUUCCAAGACACUCUCGCUGACUGCGUCAAGCUCGCAUUGGAAGAGAGCUGCCCCUUUGAGGAGUUCAAGGAGGACCUUGAUUAUGACAUGGCUUUCUUGAUCAAGAAGCUUGGUGCCACUGCAGCUAACCUAUACUUCAAGCCAUUGGAGGAGCGCGAUCACCGACUGGAUGAGACAAUAUCACUAGAGGCGCGGUUGGCGGAAGAGUUGGAGCAGGUCAAGACCGAGAACGAACGAGUGAGCCUAGAGCAACAAAAGGCUGACUCCCGCCUCUCUCGCUUGUCUUCGGAGAUAGCGAAGACCAAGCAAAUCAUUGCUAAUGUGCAGGCCUCGCUAGUCAAUCAGGAGAAGACUCGUGAGCAGCUGAUGGGGGAGUUGGAGGAGUUGGAGUCUCGACGGCAACUGAUCGUCGGUUCCAUUAAGGAGAAAGACCAAGCCCUCAAGGAGGCCAGGCACACCGUCCAAGACUUGGUUUCGCUCUUUGUGGAGGAUCUUCGUCGAGAGAUUUUAAGGAGGCUCGAGCUCAAGCGUGCUGAGGAGAUUCGCGAGGUGGAGUCGCGGUUGCGAGAUUUGUAA